AUGGCGGUGAUACGUAGUCGGCUCAAAUCGCUGCAGAAGUGGCAUCCCCGUCCGGGUGAUAUACAAGCGGGCGAUCCAGUCCCCAUACACAGACAGCGGCGCAAUCAGCCCAGAGCAACGACGUUGUCUGACACAAGAUACCGCCGUGAAGAUGACGCCAAAUUGUUGUUGCUGAAGCUCCCCUUCAUCCGCUUGGUUCGAGAAAUAGUUACGAACUGCUGCCGUCCCCGAGAUAAAGAAUUUACAUGGCAAACCCAAGCGAUCCAAGCCUUGCAGGAAGCAGCUGAGGCAUUCAUGAUUCAUUUGUUUGAAGAUGCCCAGCUAUGUGCCAUUCACGCCAAACAAAUUACCAGGCUGCACAGAGGUAUUCGACCCGCCAGACGUAUUCGGGGUAUUUGGGCAGGGUUGGGAUCGCCAUUGAAAGGCAACAGCUGUUAUAAUGCUCCCUGA